AUGCUGCUUGUUAUUCGCUGUAUACUUCAACUUUGUUCAGGAAGACGAUGUGAAAACAUCACCAACCAGUGUGCACUGAAGCCGUGUCUGAAUGGAGGAACAUGCGACGGAAACGAAACAGGCUUCAACUGCGCAUGCUCAGUUGAGUGGACUGGAGAGAGAUGCGAAGAGAUGGUUAAUUUCUGUGCCAGCGCCCCCUGUUACAGAGGGACUUGUACACCGGACCACUUGACGGCAAAUGGGUUCAAGUGUGAUUGUGAUUUUGCAUGGGUGGGGAAAAGAUGCAGCCAAAGUGUGGACACUGUCAACAUCACGCUCCUGGGAGAGAUUGAUCACACAAACAGAGGUGACCUGACUGAUGGCUUGAACAGACUCAUUGCAGAACUUGGGGAAAUUCCAGGAAAAGUGGAUGUCACGUUUACAACAAAUACACAAACAGAAUGCAAUUAUACUACAACGUACGUACAACUCUAUUCAGCUUUGGAGAACGGCGCCUUUCUGGACAGUGCUUCAGUAAAUGUGAUCUUCGAAUCCAACCGUGAUGAAGUCCUCAAUGAAUAUCUGCCUCUUCCGUUGUACUCUCCCCGACAAGAAGAGAAGUCGACGGCGAAGGUAAACUACACGAUGCCAACAGAGGUUGUUGUCGAUGCCUUGUUAACGUCUAUAUAA